GAACUUCCUGUUGCUUCCCGACAGUAGUUAUUGAUACUGAUGAUCCGGGAUCCGAACCGAAACCGAUCAAACUGACCUAAAACAACGACCGAACGCGUCAUCUGUCACGAGGCACUUAACAUCCGCCGGAGGAAAAGUGUUUCCCGCAGGUUCAGCUGGGAUAAUGCUGAUCGGACCUGUUGUGUCGCUGUUUUAGACUGUAAAUAAACCGUGUUUGUGUCGGUAUGGCGGAGGCGCGAGCUGAGGAAGAAGAUGAGCGUUUGCGCGAGCCCGCCGGCGCGAGACGGAGAGUAGCAGAACAUUCAGACCGGAACAAACCAGACCAGCGUCUCUCCAGCUCCGGGGCUCUGUCCUCCAUCCGAGCAGCCAUCAAAAGAACGUCAACCCGAACGAGUUCUCAGAGCGACCUUCACAGAGACCGGAGGCGUCCAGAAAUCACAAUCCUCUCUGCUGAACCUCUGCCGAACAACGCCUGGUUCCCAGGAGCCUCCGGAGCCUUUCCUCCAGCCCCGCCCCCGGCCCCGCCCUCCUGGUCUGCUGCGUCUGGAUCAGUACAGCUGCCUCCACCCUCAUAUGAGCAGGUGAUCAAAGAAAAGACUCGUGAACAGAAUCUUCCCUCCACCUCCUCGUCUCCCUCGCCUCAGUCCUCUCGCCGCUCUACCUCCACCAUCGCCACACAGACGGACACCGACUCCCCCGACCCACAAUCCCCUGCUGCCCGGCCAGUUCUCAGACCCAUGAAACCCCCCCGCCCGUCUCUGCCUCUCAAGCACACCACAUCGCCUCAAGCGGACCCGUUCAUUGACUCUGAUGGGUCCGAGACCAGGCCUCAAACACGAGACGUUCUGCGCCAGCCCGAGCAGCGUGACGCUCAGACCGACUCUGAUGAUGUGACCUGUGAUGUCAAACUCAUAGACUCCGCCCCCCCUGUACGAAUGUCCACUCAGAGUACCCUUGAUUUCAGACCUGAACCAAUGAGGGAGGAGCCCAGCGUGCGGCCCAGACCCCGCCCCCGCUCCAGAAUCUCCUUACAAGCAACCAUCAGUGAAGAGGUGCUGGAUCAGCCAAUGACGAGAGAGGUGAAGGUUCAGACGCUCGUGCGUUUAAAGGACGACGGGGCGGAGAGCCCGUUCGCCGGGUUCAGCGACGACUCCACCAACUUCUCCAGCAAAUACAUGCAGGACCUGCUUGAGGUGUUCGGUUGUGAAGACGCAAACGAACAUGAAGACCGGCAACAAAAUGAAGAGGAGACUUCGAUCAUCUCCGCUGUGCCAUCUGAACCGCUCAAUAGACCGCAACCACGCCCAAGAACUCAGAAACCCAAACCUCUGCUUCCCCCGAAACCAUCUAGACUAGAAAGUGAUGUCUUUGAGCCCGAAGAGCCCAGCGUCAAACCAGACCCCUCUAAACAAAGCUGCAGUGCUCCAGUGCCAGCACCCAGACCUCUCCUGAACAAACAUCACAGCCCGUCUCAUGAGCAUCACAUGAAAGACAGCACGUCAUCAUCUGAAUAUAAGAAUCCUCCAACACCGCCAGAGAAGACACCAGUCACCCCCAACGUCGACCACAUCGUGAACCAACCGUCUAUUCCCAGACACUCUCGACCUCCUCCACCUUUACACAGAAACAUGUCGUCCACCUCACAGGUGUCUGUGAGUGUGACGGGUGUUUCUCAAGUGACGGGUGCAUCAGUUCCUUCUCUGCCUCCCAGACCCAGUGGUGGCAGACUCCUCCCUCUCCGCCCUCCUUCAAUCAAACUGGCCAAGUCUCCAGGCCCCGCCUCCGCCAAUCAGCUUCCGGCCAGUAGGGUGCCAAAAAGAGGUCCGCCCCUCCCACCCAGACCCAAAGCAGGACAUCCACUGUACAAGAUUUACUCUAGAAAAAUUGAUGGAGGUCUGGAGAUGGAGAAUGUUGGAGAACCACAGGAGGAACCAUGUUCGCUGGAAGAAGAAGAGCAUCUCAUUGAUCUGGAGGACUCAAGCAGUGAUCCUCUGUGUCACGUCUCCCUCACACCUGAGGUCAAAGGUGAAGAUGUGUCAGUCUGUGAUGAUCUGUGGAGAGACUCGUGUGCACAUGUGCAGACACACAGCAGGUGUGUGGCUGGACACACAUUCACAGGAGAGGUUGGGGAGCUCACCUUCAGCGAGGGUGAUGUCAUCACUCUAAUGGAAUAUGUAAAUGAGGAGUGGGGGCGUGGCUGCCUGAAUGGACAAAUAGGAAUCUUCCCUCUCAACUUCGUUAAAGUGGAAACUGAAGCGUUGCCAAAGAAACCAUCACCCGGUGGAGAGAGGAAGAGAGGCAGUACUCUCUAUGAUUUCUCUCCUGAGUGUGAGGAUGAGCUCUGUCUGAAGGCAGGAGACGUGGUGUGUGAUCUGGAAGACAUGGAUGAUGAAUGGUUUCUUGGAGAAUUGGGCGGGAGACGAGGCCUCGUCCCCAAAAACUACAUCCAGGUUCUGCCUGAGACCUGAAGACGUUGUGAGCGCACCGAGCUCAUCUCUCUGUUUGUCUUGUUAGAUUCAGCACGUGAUGAUGUAAACGCGGUUUACUGCACAAAGAUCCCGCUGUGAGAUGGGACUGAAGAUUUUCUCAUGUUGUACUGUAGCUGUACUGACUUUUACUGACACUCCUAUCUGUAUGAUGCCAUAUGAACUUCUUGAAAUUUCUGCCUUCUAGUCCUUAAUUGUUGUGUUUUAUUAAAGCAAUGUUCCACUAGAGGACUGAGAUUGUAAUUCAAUGCUGUGAGUCUGUGUGAGGGACCUCUGUCCUAAAAUCAAUCUAACUCAUCUAUCUCUUAUAGACAUCCAAUUUCUACAUUUAAAGAUGAAAUGGUUUCUGUUUAGUUAUAUUCUUUUAAACUUUUUUUAAAGUUAUAUAUAUUUUAUAUAAAGUUAUAUAUUAUAACUAAAUUAUAUUAUAAAUGUAAUUUUGAUUUAUAUUAAUUAAUAAAAAAUAUUGUACUCUAUUCUAUUAAAAUAUUAAUAUAAUGAAUUUCAAAGUUAUCAUUAA